GGCUCCAACACUGGAAGUUUUUAAGAAGAGACUGGACAGCCACUUGUCUGGAAUGUGAUAGGGUCUCCUGCCUGAGCAGAGGGGUUGGACUAGAUGACCUCCAAGGUCCCUUCCCACUAUGUUAUUUUGCUGUUUGUUCUUCUCAUCCUCUGCUCCCCUUCUCUAUAAUACAGAUGCAUCGUUCUUAUUUUGGUCAGCGGACAGAUCAAACAGAAGCAUUGAUAAAUCCAGACAAGGGCAUUUUAUCUUCUUGCAGGAGCUUCAUCCCUGGAAGGCUUUCAAGAAGAGACUGGACUGCCAUCUGUCAGAAACGGUGUAGGGUCUCCUGCUUGGGCGGGGUUGGGUUGGGCUAGAUGACCUACAAGGUCCCUUCCAACUCUGUCCAUCUGUAUGGAAUCUAUUUGCCAUAAAAACGAGAUGAAGUGCUGCCACCGUGUGCCCGAAACCGCGCAGCGCACGAUGGGAGAGCCCGAAAGGAGGACCGUCUUCGAUUUCCCUCCGUGCCUUUGAGAUCUGAGGCAGCCGAGAUGGUUUCUCCAGAUCUCAGAGGCGUCUCCUCCGAUCGUCUCCCUCCAGCAAAGCCCUCCUGCUGCCCCGCCAGGGAGAAAAGAGGGAGCCCAAACAGCCUUCCCUGGGUCUGAUCUUCAUGGGGGAGUUUAACCCCUUUCCUCUGCAGGGAGGAACGGCCACCGCGAAUCUUUUGAUGCAGGUGUGAGAUUUUUUUUUUUUCUCCCUCUCCCUUUUUUUUCCUCCUCAAUCCGGUCACGUUGCGUGCUUGGCCUCGAUGCCAGCAAGACCCCCAGGCCCUAAAUCUUGGCAUGGGACGCAUCUGGACACGGGAAGGCGCCUCCUUCGAAAAUGGGGAACAAGCAAACCAUCUUUACGGAUGAACAAUUAGACGCCUAUCAGGAUUGCACCUUCUUCACGCGAAAGGAGAUCCUCAGGUUGCAUGGCCGCUAUCACGAAUUGGCACCGAACAUGGUUCCCAUGGAUUACACCAAGAAUCCAGAUGUUAAGCUCCCUCUGCAGCUCAUAGAAAACAUGCCGGAAUUAAAGGAAAAUCCCUUCAGGCAGCGGAUUGUCCAUUCUUUCUCAGAAGACCCGGAAGGAAGUCUCAGCUUUAAUGAUUUUGUCGACAUGUUUUCUGUACUUAGUGAAAUGGCUCCCCGGGAACUAAAAGCAAUCUAUGCCUUUAAGAUUUACGAUUUUAACACCGACAACUUCAUUUGCAAAUCUGACCUGGAGCAAACUCUGAACAAGUUGACUAAGGAAGAGCUGACUGAGGAGGAGGUUAGCCUGGUGUGUGAGAAGGUCAUCGAAGAAGCCGACAUGGAUGGAGAUGGGAAGCUUGGAUUUUCAGAUUUCGAAAACAUGAUUUCCAAAGCUCCAGAUUUUCUCAGCACCUUCCACAUACGAAUCUGAAACCCAUGGGGCUGAGCCACCGGAAGCCAGGCUGGCUGACGUCUUCCUGGCUUCCCCCUCCUUCUUUCCUGGAUGCUGCAGCAAAGGAAUUGCCGAAUCCUGGCUCAACAGAUGCAGGACUAUUUCCCAAGAUCUUUGGAAUAUCCCCAGAUUAUUAUUAUUAUUACUAACUUGGUUUUUGUUUUUAAAAACAACAACAUCCCACAAAUGGGCCUGUUCACCUUGUGGGACACACCUUGCUGGACUACUAUUUUUUUAAAACUGGGCCACCACCGAGUCGUCCGUGUGGUUGUUCUCUUGUCGUUUUUAUACGUGUCUAUACUAGCCCUCUUGAGCAAAAAGAAGACAAAAUCCCAAGGGCAACUUUCACCGAGAUGUUGAAUCUCCCCGAAAGGACUUGAUCAAACCGAAGCACUGGAACUCCCAAGAGAAGGAGGUUCCCUGGUUUAAAACCAGGCGACACCCCCUCCCUCCCUCCCUCCCUCCCUCCCUCCGCUGGACUCGUGCAGCAGAAGAAAACCGCCGGUGCCGAGAACGAGGCUCUUCAUCCACCGGACGUUGGGUGAAGGCUUUCCUCCUUAAUGAAACUUGAAAUAUUUCCUCCUCGUUUCUCCUGCCUCCCAAAGGGCAUUUUGCAUUAGCAAAUCAAUGCCUUUCCCAAACGGGAUAUGCCUCUCUUCAUAUCCUGAUUGCAUUAAGCUGACCGAUUGCAAAAAAUAAACGAAACGGACGAAAACAAAGGACGUAAACAAAGGGGAACACAAAACACACAACCGACACCUUUUGCCAACGCAAUCUUCCUCGUUGGAUGCGUGACCGCCGUGUAUUUCUCUUUUCUCCGAAACCAGCUGCAUUUCGUACUUCUUUUUUUUUUCUUCUCUUUUCAGUUUGGGUUCUUGGCUAAUCAACUAGGCAUGAUGACAAUCAUAUCUUACCACCGUUUUUCACACAAUCUCCUGGAAGGGCUUUGCUACCUAUUGUGUGGCUUCUGUAAAUUAUCCAGAAUUAAAACGUCGGCCAGUUUUACUGA